AUGGCGGAAGGCGGGGAAUACCACGCUCCCAACACCGCCGUCAAUGGCAACGGCGACACAGUCGGCCACAAGACUCAACGGCCUUCCGACGAACAACCUCCUCUGGAGCAGAUCGAGUCCAUACUGCGCGUGCAGUCGGUCCUUCUCACCGUCACCGGUUUCGUCGUCAGUCUUAGCUUGAGCUUCCGGAAUUCAAGCGCAUACGAACGAUAUAUGGAAGGCCGAAAGUAUUGGGCUCAGCUUAUCCUGACAUCGCAAAACUUGGGACGUGUUUUCUGGCUGCACACUAAGGAACGUCCCGAUAGCAGGGAAAAGGACAUCCUAGCCAAGCUCACGGCAAUGAACCUGCUUGUCGCAUUCGCUGUCUCCCUCAAGCACAAGCUGCGUUUUGAGCCUUACACCGACCACGAAGACCUCAAGAACCUUGUCAGCCACCUCGACACGUUUGCUCAGCAGGCGACUUUGGAGACACCCGAGACCGCUCUGCCACACAAGCACAACAAGCUGAGGGCGACUGGCGAGUAUCUCGGGGUCUCGUUUGCGGCCAGCAACCCCCGGAAGGCCAUCAAGAAAGCUGUCCGGCCCCUGGGAAACUUGCCCCUCGAGAUCCUGAGCUAUCUGGCCACCUUCAUUGAUGAUAUCAUCGAUGGUGGGCAGCUGACGGUUCCCAUGCAACAGACUCUGGCCUACAACAACCUCGCUGCUCUGAACGACGUCCUCACUGGUACCGAGCGUGUCCUCACCACCCCUCUGCCCAUCGCCUAUGCCAUUGCCAUCUCGCAAAUCACAUGGGUUUACGUGUUCCUCCUUCCAUUCCAGCUUGUCGGUGUCCUCUCCUGGGUAACCAUCCCCGCCACCAUCGCGGCCGGCUACAUCAUCCUGGGCCUGCUGUUCAUCGGCCGCGAGAUUGAGAACCCGUUCGGGCAGGACGUGAACGACCUGCCGAUGGAGCUGUACUGCGCGCAGAUCGCAUCGGAGCUGGACGUUAUCACGUCCAAGCCCAAGCCCCAGCCGCGCCAAUGGAUCGAGAGCCUCGACAACAAGGUGCUGUGGCCACUGAGCCAGAGCGGCUGGAACGUGUGGAUGCACCGGGGCGAGAGCAAGCUGCGCGAGGCGCUCACGACCAAGACCGAGCUGGGCUAUGAGGACCGCCAGCCCGCGAGCAAGGCUGGCACCGAGGCCAAGAGUGACGCGACGACUGCUGUGAACAGUGUCUGA